CCACCUGAUCUCUUUCGAGGCCGCUCACAUUACAAGCCACCUGCACGUCCAGGCGCAUGAUGAUCUUAAGUUGCUGAAGGAGCUCGGCAUAUCCGGCAUUUGCAUUGUGGGCGGUGCUAUCCUCUGUAUGCUCAAGAAGUUCCCUGCGCUGAUGACACCAGGCCUCCUGAUUAUCUUCUUCGGCGCCCAAACUGGCAUGAACAUGUACAUGAAGGCCGUCUUUUCGUCCGCCACGGUCCUCGAUCCAGCGCCAGCGGAGUACUGUGCAGAAGCGGGUGACCAUUGUGCUUGGAUGGGUUUCCAGGCCUCGUUCUUCGUUACUGGGAUACAGCAGUUUGGCGGGUUCAUCAUAUUCUGGAUGUUGUUCCUCCCCGCGAAGGCGCUCGGCUUCAACAAACUGGGCGACAAAGAGAUCACGAUCAAGCAGCUGACCACACAGAAUGAGGUCAUCGCGGUGCUGUGCUUCGCGGCGAGCUUCACGAUGAACAUCGCCCUGAACAACAUGUCCAUGGCGCUCAUCCCCCUGACGCUGAACCUCAUCAUCCGCUCGUGCCUCCCGCUCUCCACCUUCGCCGCGCAGUGGCUCCUCGGGAAGUACACGACCGGCGAGGGGAAACCGUGCAAACCAAUCGAGAUCGGUUUGAUGAUGCUGGGCGCCGCGAUGAUGUGCGUGUGCGUCUGGGCCAAGAUUGCCGCCGAGGCCGAGGGGGAAUCCCACAAGAAGGCGGGAGGUGGCGAGUCUGCGAAGACCGUCAUCGGUGUCAUCUACUGCGUGGUGUCCCUGUUCUCCGGAAGCGUCAACCUUGCGCUCGCGGGGGUUCUGAAGACCUCCGUGAAGCUGGACGGAUUCAACACCGUGGUCUACAACUCCAUCCCCGCCGCGGUUAUCCUCCUCCCCUUCGUGUUCCUGCUGCAGCACCCCGUGAAGCACUGGGACGGGGUCGGCUACACGAACGAUGCCUGGGUCGUGGCUCAGGUCUGGGAGAACAGCAAGUCCACAUUCAUAUUCGGCGCCAGCUCUGCCCUGGCCUCGCUGGUGUACAACAUCCUGCAGUUCAGCAUCGUGCAGUACCUGUCGGCCACCCACGUCGCCUUCGCGGGCAACUUCAAUAAGGCUGCCACCGUUCCGCUCGCCCUGCUGGUCGGCAUCGACCACCUGCCGCAGGCGCCGUACGGCGCUAUCAUGGUCGUCUCGGCCAUCAUCAACAUCAUCUCGUUCGCCGCGUACAAUGUGGUUUCCGGCGGCGCGGGCGGCCACGGCGGGGCGCCAGCCAGCAAGGAGAAGGAGAAGGAGAAGGCGCCCAUCAAGGACGCCGAGAGCAGCGACGGCGAGGACGACGACGACGACGAGAGCAGCUCGGAGGGCGGCUGCUGCUGA